AUGGUCCUAGGAAAACCACUAGAUGAGACUGUAAAGGUCAAUGUUGAUUUUUUGCUUUUCAGUGAUGUCUUGGCAUUGCCCAUUUUCAAGCAGGAAGAUUCUAGCCUUCCAUUGGAUGAUGAAACUAAAAACCCGCCCUUUCAGUAUGUGAUGUGUGCCGCAACAUCUCCAGCAGUAAAACUGCAUGAUGAAACGCUCACUUACCUGAACCAAGGUCAGUCUUAUGAAAUUCGGAUGCUGGAUAAUCGGAAAAUGGGAGAUAUGCCUGAGAUCACUGGAAAAUUGGUAAAGAGCAUCAUAAGAGUCGUAUUCCAUGAUAGACGGCUACAGUAUACAGAGCAUCAGCAACUCGAAGGUUGGAAGUGGAAUCGCCCAGGAGAUAGACUUCUUGAUUUAGAUAUUCCAAUGUCUGUGGGAAUAAUUGACACAAGGACAAAUCCCAGCCAGUUAAAUGCGGUUGAAUUUCUGUGGGACCCUGCAAAACGCACAUCUGCUUUCAUUCAGGUGCACUGCAUCAGCACAGAAUUUACUCCACGGAAGCAUGGAGGCGAAAAGGGAGUGCCUUUCAGGAUCCAGGUUGACACCUUUAAGCAGAAUGAAAAUGGAGAAUAUACAGAUCAUCUGCACUCAGCUAGCUGCCAAAUCAAAGUUUUUAAGCCUAAAGGUGCAGACCGGAAGCAAAAAACUGACCGAGAGAAGAUGGAGAAGAGAACUGCUCACGAAAAAGAAAAGUAUCAGCCAUCCUAUGAUACCACAAUCCUCACAGAGAUGAGGCUUGAGCCUAUAAUUGAAGAUGCAGUUGAACAUGAGCAGAAAAAGUCCAGCAAGCGGACUUUGCCAGCAGACUACGGUGAUUCUCUGGCAAAGCGAGGCAGUUGUUCUCCGUGGCCUGACACCACCACAGCCUAUGUGAAUAACAGUCCCUCCACAGCGCCCACUUUCACCUCCCCACAGCAGAGCACCUGCAGCGUCCCAGACAGCAAUUCUUCUUCCCCAAAUCAUCAGGGAGAUGGAGUUUUGCAAACCUCUAGUGAACAACUUCAGCCUUCAGCCACCACCCAGGAAACACAGCAGUGGCUGCUCAAAAACAGAUUUUCUUCCUACACAAGACUGUUUUCCAAUUUUUCAGGUGCCGACUUAUUAAAACUGACAAAGGAAGAUUUAGUACAAAUUUGUGGUGCAGCCGAUGGAAUUCGGCUGUAUAAUUCACUGAAGUCAAGGUCGGUUAGGCCCCGCUUAACCAUCUAUGUCUGUCAGGAGCAGCCGGGCAGCUCACUGCUGCAAGGGCAGCAGCAGGCUGCAGGCAGCGGAGCCGAGAAUGGCAGUGGGACACCCUACGUUUAUCAUGCAAUCUACUUGGAAGAAAUGGUUGCCUCAGAAGUUGCUCGAAAACUUGCGUUGGUGUUUAAUAUUCCUUUCCACCAGAUUAACCAGGUUUACAGACAGGGUCCCACUGGUAUUCACAUUCUUGUUAGUGAUCAGAUGGUUCAGAACUUUCAAGAUGAGAGUUGUUUUUUAUUCUCCACAGUAAAAGUUGAAAAUAGUGGUGGUAUCCACAUAAUUUUGAAGUGAUUUCUUAUAUAGUCUGAACUAUAUUCAUUACCAAAUAAAGUCACGCUUAAAAGUGUGUGAAGACUGAAUCCAAGAAGUCUUGGGAUUGGAUUUUACUGUAUGAAUGUUUCAUAUUGAAAACACAAGAUGACCUUUCUAAUGAGCUGUAUGAGAGGCGACUCUCCUCACUGCCACUGCCAUAGCCAAGCAUCCUCGUGAGAGUGAGCACGUCGGGACAGCACGCUGCUCUGGGGCCGCGGGGCAGGCUGGGCUGCCUGCCUCUCUAGCAGAGGCCAGUAGAGAAGAGUUCCUCAAAGCAGCCCUGGCUGUCUUUUUACACUGUAUGUGGUUUGAAGAUGAAUGUAAAAACCUACUGUGGGCAUUUACCUUUCUGUGCCAGUUUGGCCUGAACCUCCUGCUGACCUGGACUGGGGACAGUGCUGUUGUGGAGCCAGCAGGGAGCCUGUCUGCAGAGAUGCGAUGUGCUGAUACAGUGACUGAUGGUCAGGUAAGAGGCUUGGCACUUCUCGGAAGAAGCGUGUCUAAGGGUGUGCGUCUCACGUGAUCAUGCCAGAUUGGGACGAGCCAAGCAGGAAGACGGGCUGGAAGCGAGCUGCAUUAUCAAGAGUACCUUGGUGAGAGGAUCAGUGUAAAUCCUAAUAGGUACAAAGACUUUGUGUUUUUGCUUUGUCACAGAUUUGACAAACUUUUGCUUCUGCUUCCAUUUUUAGCAUUUUAUUUCUGGUUUUCAUUUUCAAGCCCCAUUGCCUUUUAAAAAUUAAGUGGUUUUCUUUCUUUUUCCUCCAUCCCUCUGUCUUCGACUGCCCUUCCCAACUCAUCCCCACACCAUCCUUUUAAACAUUUUUAAAGCCCGACCCCAGACAUUGGAAAUAGGUAAGCAGGAGAAAAAGUAUAGGUUCUGACAUGGUGUCAAGGAGACUUUAUCAACAAGUUGAAAUUAUUCUUGGAACACUAGACAUCAUAAACCAAACACUAAAUUGUAUCAUGUAAACUCCUUACACUUCUCAAAUAUUGAGCUUUGGUACAAUCAUGAGUAAACAUUCUGGUGUUUAUUUAGAGGCCUUUUUAUACACCACAUAUAGUUUUUCUAUAAGAAAUUUGUCUCUUCACAAAACCAACUUCUUGUCAGCCAGUGUACUUAUCAAAGAGAACCCACUGUUUUUGCAAUUUUUCCUACUCUUUAAAGCCUUUCCCAAAAUUCCUCAGCAAGAAUUGUUGAGGCCUGUGCUGUAGCACACCCAACUUAUUUUUAAAAUUCAAUUCCAUUUUAAUUAUAGCAUCUCUGUCCAUUUACCCAGGUGUCUUGAAUGUAUUAUUUGCUCCUUUUCUUUGGGCAGAAAUAGGAAUGAGUCAUUUUGAAUUUAAAAUCUUUCCCAGAAGAUGAACUACUUAAGGGAGUGGGGGGUGUCUGAUACAAAGAAGCACUGUGUCUGUUUCCAUCUUUGGUUUUAAAAUAUCUGUAACUGUUAGAGGCCAUAAAGCAGGAGAGCCUUCCUUUCUGUCAUGUUCCCUUUGCUUUCGUAUGAGCACAUGUUUUCUGUACCAAUCACUUGGGAAAGAAGAGAGUUUCUAUUAAUUGUUUUAGUUUUGCUUGUCGAUUUAGCAUUCCUUUUUGAGUCUCAAGAUUUAUGGAACAAUAAAUGUCAUUCAAUGCUGUGUGCUAUUCUGAAUUCCUCAUAGGGUUUUAGAAGUGGGGUAAAAAAGUUAAAAGCUCAUCAAACUUGAAAUCACACACCAAGUGGUAUUGAGCAUUAGUCUGUCCCAGUGAACAAGUUAAAUUAUGGCACCAGCAGAUUUGCUACUUUGUUUUUUUAAUAGUAGGAUGUAUACAUUUCCGUAUAAUAAAUGUUUUCUGAUUGUU